AUGACUGAAACUUUGAGCAGAGAUCGGUAUGAACAAGAACAAUUACAGAGCUACUCUUUUUGUAUGUUAUCUCAUUAUAUCUCAGAGCACUUGGUGGACAUCAUUAAAAACAUCAAACUAAACGACACCGACAUCCUUGCCAGCCUAGACAUAAAAUCCCUCUACCCGAGUAUACCCAUAAACGAAGCCCUAGCCACCAUUAGAACUGAUCAUAGCUUUCCGCAACAUGUCACGGAUCUAGCAGAGCACUGCCUUAAAAACACCUAUUUCAUAUUUGACAACCAGAUCUAUAAACAGGUAGAGGGAGCUCCGAUGGGUUCCUCCCUAUUGCCCGUGAUCGCAAACCUGUUCAUGAUGCACUUCGAGAAAGAAGCACUUAACAACUCUCGCCUCAAACCAACCCUGUGGAAAAGAUAUGUAGACGACAUAUUCAUCAUCUGGCCCCACGGAAAACAAGAACUAAACCGGUUUGUGACCUACCUGAACAACAUCCAUCCCCGCAUCCAGUUCACUACCGAAAGAGAGGAGAACAGGCAGCUACCUUUCCUAGACCUACUUAUAACACGAAAACCAACUGGCAACUUGGGUUAUACAGUUUACCGAAAAUGCACACACACCAACCGCUACCUACAAGCAGCAUCACACCACCACCCUACCCAGCUACAAUCCGUAGCCAACACGUUAAUAUACCGCAGUUUCCGCCUAACAGAACCAACAAACAGGGCAACAGAAUUGAGGGAGACAACAAAGGCUCUGCGACAAAAUGGCUACGGACCAAAGAUCAUUCAAAAGGCCAUCGACAGACAAAGAAGAACCAAAAAAACAUCCACUAGAUCGACAGAAGACUCUCCACACGACAGACAAUCUGUGACACUACGUUAUGUCAAAGGUGUGACUGACAAAAUCGGAAGAAUACUAAGACGUAAAAACAUCCGGACAACCUACAAACUGCACAAAACGAUAUCCAGUUGGCUGCCCAGAGCGAAAGAGAGAAUUUCCCUAGAAAACCAAGGAGUAUAUAGCAUCACAUGCGAGGACUAUGGACAACAAUAUAUCGGUCAGACCAACAGACGUAUAUCUGCCAGAACCCAGGAGCACAAAAACUCGAUAAGAACAAAACAAACCUCCUCUGCCCUCUUUCAACACCAUCUACAAACAGGUCACAAGAUUAAUUUUGAGUCCACAAAACAGAUAGCACAGGUGCAAAACCCAAGAAUUCGACAAAUCAGGGAAGCUAUCGAAAUCGAAAAGCAAGGCCUCAUCAACAAAAGGGAUGACUCACUAAACAUCCCAAGGAUUUGGAAAACAAUAAUUAAAAACAACCACCAAAGACAACCACAAAUUGAUAAUGAACCAUCGCAGGUAGGAGAACCGCCAGAAGCCAUUAACAACCCUCAGGUAGAAAAACAGGUAGGAGAACCGCCAAAAGCCAUCAACAACCCUCAGGUGGAAAAACAGCCUGUGCUGAAUAAAGGAAUUAAUAAUAUUAAUGACGACGCUCAUCCUGGACGCCGCGAUACAUCAACAACCGAUGAAAAUGUUGAGAAAGUAGAUAUGGAGAAUGGUAAAAUCACUAUCAGAGAGGAUACAGAAGAUGGCACAUCGGUUGCAAUUUUCCGGGAAUUUUGGACAUGA